AUGGGGAUGCUGAACUAUGAUGAUGGGGAGGAAAAACUUGUCACUGGAUCGAGAAACCUCCACACUCCUUUCUCUAUAGAGCACAUCCUGAGGCAUGCAAAGAGCAAGGACCAAGAAACAGGAGAAGGCUCCCAGGAGCCCCCGACAGCAACAGAAGAAGGAGAUGUAACAUUGUUGGCUAAUGGUGCACAGCAAGAUGAAGCAGCAUCUUCUCUGGACACGAGACCAGAUGAUCCAGAAGAAAGGUCAGAGAAAGAGCAUAGAAACAUCAAGCUUCAAUCCACCAACUCUAAGCCUCGACGGGCACGCACCGCUUUUACAUAUGAGCAACUAGUGGCCCUUGAAAGCCGCUUCCGUAGUAGUCGCUAUUUGUCAGUGUGUGAGAGACUCAGUUUGGCACUGACCCUUCGCCUAACAGAGACCCAAGUCAAGAUCUGGUUCCAGAACCGCAGAACUAAAUGGAAGAAGCAGCAGCCUGCAGGGAACUUAGAGGUCUUCUUCUCACCAGCUCCUUCCCAUGUUUCCCAGCAGGUGGCACAUUUUCCCACUAUGUUGGUCCAUCUGGACUUGCACCCUUUUACAGCCCUGCUGUGUGACUGA